AGUGUUGAGCAUCGACCGGAAAAACACGAGAUAAAUUCCGCUGAAUUGUCUAGCGCCUCUGCAGGCAGCUUCGAUCACUCAUCAUUCUGGCCACGUCGAAUUGACGCAGUAGGAACUAUUAUCUGCGGGAGUAGUGAGUACGUAUCGUAUUAAAAAUUGAAUUGCCCUCGAAACCGCAGCCCUCAGCAGGGAGAGCCAUCCCUGACAGCCACCAGGGCUCCAUGCAGUGUUGAUCACUGGAUUGAAUUAAUUAACCACCAAAUUACUAAUAAUCAAAAUGGGGAGGAGAGAGGACGGGGCAGAAGCCACGUUAUCGUGGGGUAAACACACCGUCUGGAUCAAGCUCGCCCUGGCUGCCAUCGUCCUGAUAAUCUUCCUGGAUUUUCCUGCUCUGUGUCAGUCCCAGGGCCACCACCAUCCUGAUGAUCAUCAUCACGAUCACGAUCAUCAUGACGACGUGCCUGCGAGCUUCAAGUACUCGAGACAGGCGAACGAGAAUUUCGAGGGGGUGAAGCCCCCACACGAUCAUCAUCAUCAUGAUCAUCAUCAUCAGGAUCAUCACCACGAGGACCCCAGGAGGAAGCUCAGGCCUGAGGAGCAGGGGAGUGUCCUGCUGAAGGCCAUGGGGUCGACCCUGCUGAUCUCAGCAGCCCCCUUCGUCCUCCUGUUCUUCGUUCCCCUGGACAACACGAAGGAACGAGAGCCCCUGCUAAAAAUCCUCCUGAGUUUCGCCUCUGGGGGACUCCUGGGGGACGCCUUCCUCCACCUGAUCCCUCACGCUCUGCUGCCACACUCCCAUGGGGACGAGGGGCACGAGCAUUCACACGAGGGGCACCACCACGAGCACGACAUGACUGUUGGGCUCUGCGUCCUCCUGGGGAUCAUCGUCUUCCUCGUCGUGGAGAAGGGCAUCAGGCUGGUCAAGGGCGACCACUGCCACUCGCACGGCCACUCUGGGAAGGAGGAGAAGGGCAAGAAGGACAAGGGGAAGAAGCUGGAGACUGCGGCCCCUCCUGGGGAAAUUAAAAUCGCUGGGUAUCUCAAUCUUGCUGCUGACUUUCUUCAUAAUUUCACGGAUGGACUCGCCAUUGGGGCCAGCUAUCUCGCCGGGGAGAGCGUCGGGUACAUCACCACUGUCACCAUUCUGCUUCAUGAGGUGCCACAUGAGAUCGGGGACUUCGCCAUUCUCAUUCAGAGCGGAUGCAGCAAACGAAAGGCGAUGCUGUUGCAACUGACAACAGCUGUUGGCGCUCUCUGUGGUACUUAUGUGUCCCUCCUUGCUGAAGGAAUGGGGGAUUUUGCAACAGCUUGGAUUCUCCCAUUCACAGCAGGAGGUUUCAUCUACAUCGCGACAGUAUCAGUGAUCCCAGAGCUUCUGACAGACACAAAAUUCUGGCAGUCCCUGAAGGAAAUAGCCGCCCUCCUCCUAGGAGUCUACAUGAUGGUGCUGAUUGCCCAAUACGAGUGAAUGAAAUUAUUCUCAAUCGAAAGGAAAUCAUCGAAUCGUACAGGAUUGAACAGCCUGUGAUAAUUUUCUAUUGUACAAUAUUUACAAAGUCGUUCGCCCCGUCAAUUCCCAGGAGGGAUGGUAUUUUUGUAAGGAAAUAGCUGUAGGUAAUCCUUUUUUACAUUUUUUUUCUGUUAUUUUCUGUUGUAAAUUGUCUCCUGGAAUCGUCACUGUCGAUUCAUGACAUCAGCCUGGAUUUUUCCCACUGUAAAUAUCGUCAUUAUUGACUCAGUAGUUUUUUCACCUCCUCGAGACAAGCGUUCGCUUGCUCCUGGCACUCAGUAUCAUUGUUUUUUUUAGCUAACUUCAGCCCCGUGUAACAGGCGUCGCGUGCCUCGUUGUACAAACUUCUCUUCAGGUAAACGUUACCCAUGUUUACGUGAAUCGAACUCAAGUCUGACAUUUCAGGCAGUUUUUGUCCUGUUUAAUGAAUAGAAUGCGUAAAUUAUUGUGUAAGUAAUGGAUUAAAGACGAUGUCUAAGGAA